AUGCUCAAACUCUCCCGAAACCACAGUAUGCCUGUCUCGUCAGUGUCGACCACAACAACGGCACCACUGGGCAAGAAGAAGCGCAGCAGCAUACCGCGCCCACACACAAACUCGUUCUCGAUCCCAAGUAUUAACUUUAGCCGCUCAGCAACCGAUAAGAGUGAUGUCAGCCUUGCACCAGGGUCCCAUCCCACUUUCACGUCAUCCUCGCCCUCCUCCACCUCAGCGGCGGCGUCCUCAUCCUCUCAUGCUAUGGUCGAUGUUUUGUAUGCGACCGUGAUUUCGGAUAUUCAUCGCGGCAACUUUCUGCAGCUCUCGGACACAAAACUCGAUGCAUUGAUCCGGUUCCUCGCUGGAAAGGACUCGACGACCUUACAAACUAUCAAUAUUAAAACUAUGGUGAUCUCUGCAACGGACGCACGGCUCCUCGCCCGGUUGGUCCGAUCUUCGGAAGCCGCCAAUAUCCGGACACUCAAACUCGACCGUAACACGAUCAGUCAGGAUGCGUUCAAACUUCUCUUCGAGGCCUUCAAGUACAACAGAACGAUAACGACGCUGAGCAUGACGAGGGCGAGUGUGGACGACAAGGCGAUCAAGGCGAUCGCAAAGGCCGUUGAGAAGAGCACGACUUUGAAGGAACUGGAUCUGUCAUCUAAUCGGAUCACGGCGCUUGGGUGUGAGAUCCUUUGUGAGGCCCUCGUCUGUAACCGCUCACUGACACGGUUAUGUCUGCAAUCGAAUAACUUCAAGAAGCCGGGUGCAACACCAUUGGCUAUGCUGUUGAGGAAGAAUCGGGUGCUGAGGCAUCUGAACGUCGGGUCGAAUGGAUUGGGAACCGAGGGUUGUGUGAUGAUUGCGGAGGCCGUCCGAUUCAACCGGUCGUUGAGUUCGUUGAGUCUGGAUUUGAAUGAGAUGGGCGCGUUAGGCGCGACGGCCAUGGCCAUAGCGUUGGUGUCAAACCGGAAUUUGACGUAUCUGUAUAUCCCGCACAACAAUAUCGGCGAGGAAGGGCUGAUCAAGAUUUGCGCGAGUCUGAAGAGGAACACGACGUUGGUCGGCUUGGAUCUGGAGUUGAACCAUAUCGGGAGCGGUCAGAGCAUCGAAGGGAUGAAGGCCUUGGCGGAGGUGUUGAGGACAAACACGAGUCUGCGUGAUAUCAAUCUGUCGUAUAACAUCUUAUCGAGCGAGGCUGUUCAGGAGCUGAUGAAGGGCGUGGCGGCAAAUUCGACCCUCGAGAGUAUCGUGUGCACGAACUGCUGUAUAUCCACCGAGGGUGCCAUGGCCAUCGCCGAGGUCCUCCCUUCUGCAAGGGGGCUCCAAAAUCUGGGACUAACUGCGAAUCCGGAUAUCUUGGUCGAUGGCUACUGGGCGCUGGCGCAGGGGCUCUCGAAAAACAGGUCCAUGAAGGGAAUCCAGCUCGAUUAUAAUUCGGAGGAUCGACAUACGCUGUACGAAUCGAUCCAGCAUUCGUUGACUAGGAACUUUAUCUGGCAACAGGCUCUGUAUUCAGCCGCGUGUCAUAUCCUGACGCUCUCGAGAGUUGUGCUCCUGGGUCGACCAGUGCAACAGCGGAUGUUGAUGUCGCAACAGCUCCAACUGCUACAGCAACAGAGCAGUGGUGGCGCGUGGAAUCUGUUGAAGAGGGUCGGACUCCUGCGGACAAACUCAGCAAAAUCAUCGGCGUCGUUGUUGUCAAUCGGAAAGUCUCAAGCGGCGGUGAUCUUGAAUGAUCCGGGCGACAAUGCAGGCGGCAGGCGACCGGUCGACGCUCACGGCGUAUUUUACAAAGGCUCGGAUGCUGGAGCGGAUCUUUCAGAGCCGGUUUAUCCCAUCGCUCGCUCGGAUAUAUCCGUGGUAGGAAGGUACUACAGCGAACAACGAGGCGGAUAUUAUGCGGACGAAAACAUUAUGAGUUGA